AUGGCUGACGUCAAACCACCGUUCACCGAGGAGUCGGCGAGGAAGAAGGUCAAAGCAGCACAGAAUUUGUGGAAUACCCAAGAUCCAGUACGUGUCGCUCAAGCCUAUACACCAGAUUGCGUUUGGCGUAAUCGUACUUCAUUCUUCUCCGGGACGGAUAAUAUCAUCUCUUUCUUAACUGCGAAAUGGAACCGUGAAGCAAAUUAUAGGCUUCGAAAGGAGCUAUUUUCCUUCACUGAUGACCGUAUUGCGGUGCAAUUCUGGUAUGAAUACCAAGAUGUUGAAGAUGAGAUGCGCUGGAAGCGCUGCUACGGCCUCGAGGACUGGACCUUUGACCAAGAAACGGGGAAGAUGAGAAAAAGAAUGAUGAGUGGUAAUGACCUGGUUUUGGGGUCUAACGGGAACGGAGAAGGAAGGUGGUUUGUUGAUGGAGUUGACGUUGAAGACGUAGCGAUUAGUGAGGAGCAUUGGUGA